AUGAGUGUAAAAGUGGACACAUUCUUUGGAGUAAUACUUCUUGUAACUAUUGUAUGGACUGUAGCUCAAUGGUUUUCUCUAACAAACCACUUUUAUAUUGAAAGAUCAGCUUCGGGCCAGCACUUAUUAGAUUUAUGUAUUGCAAGUUGUUGUAUAUGUGGAGUUAUAAUUAUACUUUAUUAUUGGACUAAACCAUACUUAGAAUCAUUAGCUGAUAGUGCAAUAGAUGGUCAAUUACCAUAUCGCGUGAGAGAAGCUAAAAUCCAAAGAUCUUCUACAAUGGCAUUUCGCAUGUUCUAUUUUAUAUUUGCGUCGUUAUAUGCAUCGGUAAUAUUAUUUUAUUAUAAUAUUGACUGGUUACCACCAGAAUUACUUGGAAAUGGAAAGACGGGAUCAUACUGGGUACAAUAUACAAUGAUACCUGUAUCAAGGGGGCUUGUCUGGUAUUACUAUUUAUCUGGUGGAUAUUUCUUAUUUAGCUUAUUCUGUCUGUUAAAUGAAGAACCUUUACAGGGCAUUUGGGAAAAUAUAUUAUUAAUAGUAAUUGCAUGCUUACUAUUAGCCUUCUCUUUUACUGGUGACUUUAUUCGUGUUGGAGUUAUUGUACUAUUCCUACAUAAUGUAUGUGAUAUAUUAACAUGUGGCUGCAAGGUAUUUGUUGAUACGAAGUGGCAAGCUAUAACACUUGGUUUAUUUGGAAUUUUACUAGCUGCAUGGGCUUAUUUGAGAAUAUAUUGCUUUUCACGUAUUGUCUUAUACCCAGUUUAUGGACAAAUCAGCCUUGCACUUAGUACAAGGUUAUGUGCUUAUAGUACUUUUUUACUAAUGACAUUGCUUUUAGUAAAUAUAUAUUGGUUUAUACUAAUGCUUAAAAUGGGUUGGUGGUAUAUUUACUCAGGUCAAGCAAAAGAUAUACACUCAAGAAUAAUACCUAACGACUCAUUAUCACUAAAUAAUACAUCUGGGUCUGAAUCUUGCAUUGUUACUACAUCCAAAACUAAAUAUGAAUAA